GAAACUGAUCGGGUUGUCUCGUCAUCUCCUUCUCCUACAAAUCCCUUACUCGUACCUCCGAGAUCUUUCAAGAUGAGCCAAGGAAUGGAGCAUGUUUUUUACAUGAUAGACGGCACCGAAUAUGCUUUCCUGCCAAGUGAUGAACACUUGCAGUGUGCCGAAGUGGAUGAGGAGAAUGCUCCGGAAGAUCUUCAACUUGGCGAACAACAACCCAGUGAAGAGCCUGGACCAGGUGCCUGGAGGCGGGAGGAGACGCUGGCCCUAAUUGUUGCCUACACUACCCACAAAGUGGACUUUAAUAACCCAAAAAAAAAGAAGAAACAUGUCUGGCGGGAAAUCAGUGAAGAAUUAGCUGAGAAGGGGAUCCAAAGAACUGCAGAGGAAUGCGAAACAAAGUGGAAGGGGCUCAAAAGGACCUAUGUCAAAAGGAAGCAAGAAAAACGAGCAAGUGGCAGGGGACGCCGAGACUGGGAGUUUUUUGAUGCAAUGGACGAGGCCCUCCGAGAAAGUCGCGACUUCACUGCACCAUUUAUUACGCUACCUCCUGCGCCCACUCCAGUACCAAGCAUCGUAGAUUCAGGUGCCUCGACAUCUGCAGCUGUGCAGCCUCCCCCAGCCCCAGUUCCAGUUCCAGUGAGCAGGGGCAACACACAAGGUGAGGCAGGGGGCGACAACGAAAACAAGCAGAAGAGGCGCAGACCAGUGACGAUGCUGAGCGAAAUGCUACAGAAGAUGGAGGAGUGGGAAAUCGAAGACCGGAGACGGUACAACCAGCAGCUAAAAAUGCAGCGUCUCAAGCUAAAACUGCUGAAACGUUUAGUGAACAGCCAACACGGAAGCUCCCAACAGUAAGCGUGCGAGUGAAAGGCAUGAACGCAUGCUAAGG